AUGCCACCAUUGAUUCCUGCCUCACUCUGGACCAGAUCCGAUAUAAAAGAAUUCAAAGACUCCAUCAGAAAAUCUCCUGAAAAUUGUAUCAAAGUCGGCUCUCUCUCUACCGCCACAGUAAAAGUCCCAACACACGAAGACGGCACCAGGAUAUUCUGGGAGUUCGCCACGGAUUAUUAUGAUCUAGGAUUCGGGGUUUACUUUGAGUGGACGUUGAAUCCUCAACCUGACGUCACUGUACAGGUCUGUGAAAGUAGCGACGAAGAAGACGCUGAAGAAGAUGCUGAGACUGUUUCAACAGACAAAGGUGACAUUGAGAAGGGAACUCGAACAAGAAAAGAAGGACCACCAAUGGAUGAAAUUAUACAAAUACACAGAAGAGAUUGCCACGAAGAGGUAUAUUGCGGGAGCCAUAUAUACCCCGGUCGUGGCCUAUAUCACCUUAAAUUCGAUAACUCUUACUCACUCUGGAGAUCUAAAACCGUGUAUUUCAAAGUUUUCUAUUCAAAAUGA